UAUUUUUAUUUUAUGCAGCAGAAACAUAAUAUUCUCAGGUCAUGUACCACACAAUGUUUUGUGGAGUAACAGUCAUUAACAUUGUUCUUAGAGUGCAAUGCAGAGGACCUACGAUCAGUGCUUCCUGUAGCGCAUUUGUACUCUGGCCAUUCAAAAUGAGCUCGGGAGUAGCAAACCCGAUGGCUGAAUAGAAGUGGUAGAAGGCAUUCAGGAGACAGGAGCUAAUUUGUGAAGAUGGUGUAAUCACUUGUCUUUUAAAUGAAGACCUGAAGGAAUCACAUCAGAGUUCAGCUGUCUCCACUUAUGAAACCGCUCUACCUGUGCUCAUCCCAAAAUGGUGGAUUAUGGUGAGAUAGACUAUACCCAGCUUUCUUAAUUAAAUAUGGAACCACAAUGACUUUGCCCUUCUGUUAUGUUUCAGAUUUUCUUUUACAGCCAAGUGUAUAAUGCCAUUUUUGUUUUCAUUGGAAUUGAUAUUUUGGAUGCUGGUCCAGCCAUAUUUGAGGGUAUUAUUGUGGGGUCUACUGACAGAAAGCUGAGUCGGGGUAAUAGUAGGUUUAAUGCCCAUUCGUUUACCCCUUUUCUCCCUCAGUCCCUGUUCAAAAUGAUUAUUAUUAGAUGCCGGUGUCUAAUUUAAAUGACCAUUGGGGCUUAUAAGAAAUGAAACAGCAUUGAUUAUUGGACGCAAAGCCUUUCAUUUGCUCAAAGGUUCAGAUUUAAACAGAUUUCUAAAUACCUUGCUGUGAAGCUAUUCUUGCAUUUCAAAUGAAGUCUAAUUUAAUAGCUGAUGACCUAAUCAGAGGUACCUAGAACUUGUGUAUGUAAUCAAUCAGUCAGCAAUCAACACACUCUCCACAGCCCACUGCGGUUCACACUAAAUUAUGCUGACAGUAUCUUAAUUCUCUCAUUGCCUUCAUCAAGGAGUCCUUUGCGUUCAACAAACUUUCUAACCCAAAUUUUUUUCAGCAACCGGUCAGGACAAUGUGAAAUUUUCAGGAAUCUCACAUAUUGGUACGAGGGCCAGCUGACCUGCCAUGCAGAUGGAAUGGAGAUUUAGAAAUGAAAUUGAAAAGUGCAGUUUGGUUUGGCUUUUGGGCUGACAUUUUGUGAACCAGGUACCCUGGAACAUAGCCACCGAGAAUGAAGCGUAACUCCGAACAGGAGUUUGCUGGGCGUUUCUAAUCUCUACAAGACGUGGCUAGAAUUUCACGCGCGCUUCAAAAAGAGAAAACGUGCGUUUUGAGCAACGUGUGAUUUCAUCUAUUCAACACAUGCACGUCGGGUUACCGAAAGAUGCGACAGAAGGCUCCGUGCUUAUUUGAAUAAGGGUAUGACUUUCCUUCUGCCCCGUUGAAUUUCAUUUAUAUUUUAAUGGAAAAGGGAUUAUCCUGGAUGUACUUUGUAUUAUCUGAAGCAGCCAGCGUGUACGUGUGCAGGCACCUGCAGCUAGCAACGCGCACUGCAGCGCUAGCAGCAGAAAAGGAUAAUGUUACCUGUGAUGUUCAGGUCACAUGGUCUUGCGCGACAGUUUGAAAUAACUGCCGCAGUCAAGGCUGUGUCUGUUCUACAGUUUCUACCAUGACGGUUAAGGAGAGAGGCAAUGCAGUGGAAAAUUGUCUAGCCUUUGUUUUGAAUUGGAAGUCUAGAAAACAAUUUUAGCUCAAUGCUUGGUCUGAAAACAUCACAGUCAGAAGUGAGGUUCGACAACAGAGAUGGGGGAAAUCGCUGAAAAAAACCUGUGCAGACCAAGUGCAGAAGAAGCAAGAUGGAGCGCAAGCCCUAAUGCUGGAAACUCCGCGCGUGCUGUUCCCUGGUUUUUCGGAGAGCGCGGGGAACCUGAUUUAAGCCGUUCGGGCAGGGGGGGGCAGGCCGGCUCUCUCGUCUCCGAUCCGCUCCCACCCCCGAUGCACGUGCACGUGCCCGGCGGAGCUCUCUCCCCACGAGGUCUCGGCUGACGGCGUGGGGCCGCGCUCGUCUGUAACGAGGAGAGCUGUCUGGAAGGUGUCUCUGCCCGUCAGAAACGUGGGGCUCCAGCUGGCGCGGUUAGCUUGCGCGCCGCGAUGCGCUAUCCGCAGCCGCCGCCGUUCAUUUCUGAGCAGAAUCGGUCUCUGUUUACCCGCCAGGUUCUCUCAGCGGCAGCAGAAGGCCUCCGCAAAGGCAUCGUCCUCCGCUCUUUCUGGCCGUGCGGGGAAAAUAAACCUUGAUCGGCAGGCCAGAGAUUUCAGUACGCGGUGUGAUCCGAUAUAAAAGAUACAAAUGAUAUUUCGUUCAUGUUUCAUGGCUUUACAGCAUUCAGCCACCAUGAAUGAAUCAACAAAUAUAUCUUUCACGUGCCUCCUCGUGUGUUGAUUUGUUGAGUUAACAGCGUCAUUUUCAAAAUAUUUUUAUAUUUUGUGGACGAAUCAGGGACACCUGCAGAGUCACCUGGGUCACGCGCCUAGUGGACGAGCCGGACCCGGCCCAGACUUCAUGACCAUAUAAGGGUCCCCCCUUUUCCUCACUGUGCAGACUCUGGCUCCAAGUUGUACAACAUGGUGGCACAAAAACUGCACGUUAGGAUCUGGUCGCGAAUAUUAUUUUAGAUUUUUUUUGCCCUUUUUGUGUUAUAUUCUUUAACUGUGAAUUUGCCUCUCCCAUUGUUGGGACUCAAUGUGACUUGCAGGGUGAUAGGAUUUAGGCUAGUAUGUGUUUUAAUGCACACCUUUUCUUUUAUCCAGACCUGUCCUGACCUACAGCAAUAGCAUGAUAUUGUAACCAACAUGCUGGCAGAUGUUAUGAGCGUAUUUCUACACUGUCACAGCAUGUGUGUGGGGUGUAGUAUGUGUUGAAUCUACAUCCAACAUUAAUCAAAACUAUAAUUAACUGGUGUCUUUUUACUUGUGCUGUUCUUGACAGUAAUUUCAGAACCUUUCGUAUAUUCAGUUGCGAAUACUGGUUUUUCACUUGUUUUUUUUUUUUGUAGAAAAAUGGGCCUUGAAGUUAAUUUUGCGUGGAAUCAAAAAAGGCUUAAGAAGUCUGAAAAUGCACUUAAUAAAACCUGCAGGAACCCUGUAAAAGCUGCAUGUUCAUAUGAUUCUAAUUUGAACGUGGUGUACGAUAGUCAAUGGUAGUGAUGAUAGCAGCAUAUAGCUUUUAACCACAUAGCUGAGAAGAAAAGUCUUUCAUUUGUACCCAGAGACUGUAGAAAAUAGUUUGUACCCAGUUCUUUCCUGGACACAUCCGCAAAGCACAUUCAGGGCGUGAAUGUUUGUGGUACAGCAUCUGUCAGAAGAGGUCCAUUUCACCCUUUAAACAUCUCACCGUCUGGCUGAAAGGAGAAGGGAAAAGGAGAAAGAGCUGAAGAGGCAAGAAAUUAAUUAAAGGACAAACUGACACUUCUGCAAAGUCCAGAGAUUUCAGAACAAUGAAGAGGCAAAUGCCCUCCGCAGUCACCUGCCUACUAAAAUCCAAGCGCAAUUAAAAUGAUAAUUUUCCACAUUCUUCAUUAGCAAAGCAGUACAUUGCUAAUGAAAGAAUAUGCUGAGCUGGUCUUUCUUGUUGUCUUUUUUUGAAUUUGCAUGGCAUAUGAUAGCGAUGUUCUACUAAAGCUUGACGAUAUCAGACCCAUGUGAAAUGGGUUUAAGUGGAAAGUCAAUGUCAGUGUGCUCUGUGGAAUGUCAAGAGUUUACAAUUAGGACUUUUGGAAGCUACAUCAAUACUUUAAUGAGGACUCGUUAACCAUGUGAUAAAACACACUCCCCCAGAUUAGAGCUAAGUAGUGCCUGUUUCUGCCUCUCUGUCCUCCACCUGCAAGCCCAGCAGUACGCCAAGAGAAUACAUUAUUUAUUCUGCCCAGCCAUUCAGGGCAGCUGUUAAAGAGCUUUUCAAAUUUUCAUGCAGUUGGCGCAGCUUAAUUUGGUACAAUAAGACUCCCAAAAAUUAAUUAUCUAAUGAAUUAUCUGUACUCAUGUAUUUUGAAAAGUAAGCUAAUAUUCCCAGCAUAAAUGCAUUAAAAUGAAAGGAUGAUCCAAUCCUAUAUCUGAUAUAUUCUGGUCAUACAAUAGAUGUUCAGCCAAAUUAAUGGUCAGAUUGUGGUGUAGCUGAAGCUAGGCUACUAUAAUAAUAGCAAGCCUUUCUUUGAUGUCAACCAGCCCCAUUAUAUUACCAUAGUAAUGAGGUUUUUGUUUUAUCCUCAUUGCCUCGAGUGCUCUCACUUACAGACAACAAUCUUUUCACUCUGUGACAUGUCUAUCAACACCUGCAGUGUAUAUGAAAGGAUCUGUCUAACCGGAGCCUACCUUUCAAGCAGUCUUCCUGCUCAUCGAAUGACAAGCCAGCCAUGAAGGAUUAUUUUAUUACUGUAUUCUGCAGUGACUUAUGGAGUGAAACAAAGGGAUCAUAUAAUUUAAUUUCCUCCAGCAAUUUAAAGAGCACGGAAAAAGCACUGUGCGGGUAUCUUUAAUUCCCACUCAUUAGACCGUAGUGGAGAGAGAAACUCCCAGAAAACACAUUUUCGUUUGGUUAUGCUGUAUCUUUCGAAAACAGAUUCCUUAACAUGCUAUGAUUUCUAAUUUCGAAUUACGAUUUCUAAUUUAUUUUCAGCAUGGCAUUAUGCGCAUGGUGGCCUGUGAGUGAGAAAUGAAUGGUUCUGUUGAUGAAGUUAAAUUAAUCUGAGUAUGAUUUUUUGUCGUUAAGAUAAGGGGAAAGGCUGAAAGCGACUGAUGGUUUGCGUGGUUUGUAACCGAGAAGAGUGAGGGCGCCGCUAGUUAAAUAAAGUAGCACGCGGGGCGUGAAACAAGUGCACCGUUUCUCGUCUGGAGAACAGCGAUAGGUGCCGGUGCACGUGAGCACUGCUGGUAGUGAAAGUCUCGGCAUGAAGGUGGUGAGGGCACGCGCCUUUUUACCGGAAUGGAUGGCAAAUGCUCGGCUAAAACUCGUUAACCGCGGCAGUUGAGUUUACAAGUCAUCCACGCGGUGUUACGGUGCUCCUUUGGGGGGAAAAAGUGCGGAAUGGAAGGGGGAUUUUAAAUUUGCACUUUCUCUGAAUAAUGGAAACUCAACAAAUGCACUCCUCCGAGUGGAGGCGAGUGAGAAGGAAAGAAGAAAGAAAACAGAAGGGAGAAAAGGAGAAGAGCGAAAAUAACUGCAAAGUAAAGCUGCAGCGUCUCAAGCGCUCUCUCUCUUUCAAAUCGGUGAUGCGGAGCAAGAGCAUGGAGAACUUCUUCCUGAGGACCAACAGCGAGGCCCGCCUCCCGCCCGACUUCAUCACCGACCCGCCGCCCCCGUCCCCGCCCCUCCUGCUGGAGUCCCCCCCGGCCGGCGACCGCUCCCCUUCCCUCUCCCCUUCCCUCAGCCCCAACCCCUCCCUCUGCUCCCACUCGCCCUCCCUGAGCCCCUCCCCGUCCCUGUCGUCCAAGCCCCCCGCCCAGCUCCGCCCCCUGAAGACGCACUGCUUCCAGGAGCACGUGUUCCGCCGGCCCACCCACUGCCAGAUGUGCAAGCACAUGAUCGUGGGUAACUCCAAACAGGGCCUGCGCUGCAAAGCUUGCAAGCUGGGGGCUCACCUGUGGUGCUCGUCGGAGCUAUCCCAGCAGCCCUGCAAUGGCAAGGGUUCAUACUCACUCCUCCACAGAAGUUCCGGAGCCUUCAAGCGGAACUUCAGCUCGCCGCUGCUGGUCAACGAUCAGCUCGGGGUGGUUCAGGAGGCUCCCGCCAUCCAAGAGGCUGCUGCAGGGAAAGGGCGUGUGGACCCGGUGUACGAGGCCCUGCGCUACGGCACGUCUCUGGCGCAGAUGAGCCGCUCCAGCAUUGGCAGCAUCUCCGAGUCGCCCACCCCCAGCAUGGGAGAGGGCGGUGAAGAGAAGGUGGAGAGCAGCCAGCCUCAGAUUGUGGAGGAGGAGACCGUCCAGGAGCCGGAGGUGCUCACACCCCCAGAGUCUGAGGACCAGCUCAGUCUGAAGGCUCCGAAGCGGAUUGAGGUUCACACGGUCCACACGUACGUGGCGCUCUACAAAUUCCUUCCUCAGGAGAAAAACGACCUGGAGUUGCUGCCUGGUGAUCGUGUGCAGGUCAUUGAUGACUCGAAUGAAGAUUGGUGGAAGGGUAAAUGUGGAGACAGGGUGGGCUUCUUCCCUGCCAACUUUGUCCAGAGAGUGCGCCCUGGCGAGCGUGUGUGGAGAGUCACCCAGGCCUUCUACGGGAGCCGGGAGAAAGGCCAGAUGACUGUGAAGGCGUCCCAGAUCUGCGUGGGGAAGAACGAGGACAACGACGGCUUCCUGAAGCUCACCAGCGGGAAGAAGAGAGGCCUGGUCCCCAACGAGUCCCUGGAAGAGAUCUGAGCACCCUGCGCGAUCCAUUUCCCGCCUGCCCCCCCCACCCUGAAAACCACAGGUUUUACCCUGCGCAGGGCAGGACACCCCCCCUUACAGUCCCACCCCAAAAGCCUGAACCCCACCACGCUCACGGGGGGAAAACGGUGGGGUGCCGGCGGGGCAGCUCGGAGUCCCCAAACCUUGGAGCUGUUAGAGAAGAGGUGCAGCCGAACCCUGCUGCCCCUCGCUUGCCCCCCCACCCCCCAGCAGUGACGUUGCACCCCGCACUUCUGCAGUGAAAGACACUGGGCAGCGGGAAAUUGGGCAGAGCGCUACAAGGCUAGCUUGCCCGCGGGGCCCCUCGCACCCCCCGCAGCUUCUCCGACGGCAGGAAGGACAGUCGCCUUUUUUCAGGGACCGUAGGAGGCCUCCAGCUCUCACGGCCGCCCGCCGCUUCGCCGCCAGGCUGCCGGAGGGAAGCAGCUGGACCUGCGGAGCGGCCCUGCAGAUUUCCGGGAGGGGGUCUAUUCAUUUAAGUUCGGCUUUCUUCUCUGACCUCCGUCAUCGGUGGCGUGGCCUUCUUCAGGACACAAACCUGCUCAUGCAGCUGGGACAGAAGGGGGACUGCGGGGGGGGUACUGUGACACCCAACCAAAAGCCCUCAUGUCGUUUCAUGGGGAUGUAGCAGUCUAGCACCUGAGACUAAGUGCUCCUUAGCAUGUGUUUUAUUUCCGAAAAUAGGUUUUUCUCGGGGUCCGCGGUACGCUUGUCCCCGGACCCACUGGAACCUCAGGUCUUGCCUUUCUUGUUAAUAGCAAUCAAACUAAUUUAGCACACGGAGGUGAUGGGGAAGACUGUAAUGCUGGCGGAGAGAAGAGAGUCUUUUGUGUCUUUUCGUAUGUCGCACUUGUGGAAAAUCCAUUGCCUCCUCCGUAUAUGGGCACAGGGACCAGGUGCAUGGGGAAAUGAAACCAUAUUCCACCAGUCACUCUGUCUCACAACACGCAGAUGCUAUAAUGAGAAAUAGAGAGUAUAGGACUGGCCCAUCCGGGCAUGAGGGGGGUGGAGUGGCUCCGAUACACAGCCCAUGUCCUGCGUUUCUUUACGACAGAAGUGUGGAAACGGCGGUGGGUUUUCUGUGCUAAAGUGAAUGUACCGUCUGUGAGUCUGUGUGCACCUGUGUAUUCUGUGCGUCCCUCGUCACGCCCCGUUAGGGCCUCUCCUCCCCGUGUCCUUCCCCGCAGCCCAGGGCUGGGACUCUUUCCAGCUUCAUUUAGACUCCAGCAGCUCGGCUCGCUGUGUCCAUCUGUGUCCGCUUUUCCCUCGGGCGCCGCAAGGGUACCCAAACACACAGGACCGCAAGGGCUCAAAGACCACACAGCUCAAAGACCACACUGCUCAAAGACCACACUGCUCAAAGACCACACUGCUCAAAGACCACACAGCUCAAAGACCACACUGCUCACUGUCACACAACGCAGUCACACUGCUCACUGUCACACUACAUACUGUCACGGCAUAGUCACACUGCUCACUAUCACACAGCAUACUGUCACACAUUCACACUAUUACAUAGUCACACUGUCACACAGCAUACUACCACACAGUACACAGUCAUACAGCUCAAAGCUAUACAGCACACUGUCACACUGUACACAGUCACACCGUUACAUAGUCACACAGCAUACUACCACACAGUACACAAUCACACAGCUCAAAGCUAUACAGCACACAGUCACACUGUUACAUAGUCACAGUCACACAGCAUUGUCACACAGGAUAGCUUGAACACCACACCACACCGCCUGGGUUCACACAGCACAGACCCAACGACACAGGCCCGAUGCAGCCAAGCCGCACUGAUGCAGUCACACAGUUCAGAAGCAGCCAUGCUGCCCCGCCCAGACGCACCCAGAAACAGACAGAAAGACAACACAGCACAACGAGGAAUAUAAUGCACUCGAGUAUUCACCAAGGACAUCCAGCACAGCCAAGACAAUGGUAUUUACAGAUUCGGAUGACAUCAUUCCUUAUAUCAUUUUGUCACUCAAUACCACACUCAGUGUCUACUUUGAGAGGUCGGACUGUUCCCCUUCCAUUAAUUCCUGAGGAAGAGAGCGAGUAGGGUGAGUUUCAGCAUAGGGAGAGCAAGCAGGAUAAGUUUCAGCAUGCACGGGGGCCAUUAAAGACUGCGAAGAGAGAUCCUGUCAGUCGGCACAAGCAUAUACCACGUGCUUGGACACAACAAUGCAUGCAUAGCACAUGCACACACGAUAGCAGCCACAGCGGCACUUUGUCCACCAGACAAAUGGAAAGCUGGCUGUCAGCCCCUGUACCGUACAGUAAAGGAGAACAACUGGGUAUGGGAAACGAGAAACAGGCUCUUCGAUGCACCCUGUCAGGCAGGCCGGCCUUUGAAUGUAAUGCAAGGAUGAGGUUGCCAGGUGUUAAGAGCGAUGCAGGCCUUUGGACAGAUCUACUUUGUGUUCAGUUCAACUGUGGAGUCAAAACGGAGAACUGGCAGCCAGUUUGUUUGUAGGGGCACCCGACACAAGGCAGCCAACAUUCUGCGUUCCCUACAACAACCCAGUAACAUAGUACAUUUCAGCAGAAGUUUUAUUUGGUUGGUCCUUAAUUUUUUUUUUACUAUUUUCAUCAGUCCUUGGGAUCUCCAUGAAG